AUUGUGGGAGGUUUAUGUAAAGGCAAGAUGGCAGCGGCCAGUGCAAGAUUACUGGGCCAGGUUGGGCGACAUGCUCUCCUGACACAGGGUUGUAACACGGGGUACUUUGCUCUCGCACCUCGAAUUUCUCGGCAGGGGGGCGUAAGGGCUUACGGAACUGGUGGCACGGGGUUCAGAUCUAAAUUGUUUAAUGGUGCCCUAAUAAGAGGCGGGGGCCGAACCCUGGGAUGUGCUUUCUUGCUGGGAGGUGGUAUCGGCUUGUACCAGACGAUCAAGUUCACCUUUCAGCGUCAUUUCGCAGAGCAAAAGGCAGACGCAACCGAAACAACACCUAAGUUGACCCUGUAUCAAUACAAGACCUGUCCAUUCUGCAGUAAGGUGCGAGCCUUUCUGGACUACUCUGGACUCCCCUACCAGAUUGUGGAGGUCAACCCUGUCAUGCGUCAGGAGAUCAAGUGGUCAAAGUACAGGAAGGUGCCCAUCCUGAUGGUAGAUGAUACUGUGCAACUGAACGAUUCAUCUGUAAUAAUCAGUACUCUGAAGACAUUCUUGGUCAGCAAGGAAAAGACAAUUCCUCAGGUCAUUAUCUGCUACCCAGAAAUGAAGUCCAAAAAUGAUAGUGGGAAAGAGGUGAUAGAGUACAACAACAAGUACUGGCUCAUGCUGAGUGAAAUUGAAGCAGACCAGCUCUACCCUGAAAAGGAGUCAAGAAAAGAGGAAAUGAAGUGGCGCCAAUGGGCAGAUGAUUGGUUGGUGCACCUCAUUUCCCCAAAUGUGUAUAGGACCCCCAGUGAGUCUCUGGCCUCCUUUGACUACAUAGUACGGGAAGGCAAGUUUGGUACUUUUGAGGGCUUCUUUGCCAAAUAUGUGGGGGCGCUUGCCAUGUUCCUCAUCUCAAAGAGACUGAAAAGCAGGCACAACCUGCAAGAUGAUGUGCGACAGGACCUGUACGAGGCUGUGAAUGACUGGGUGUCUGCCAUUGGCAAGUCAAGGAAGUUUAUGGGUGGGGAGCGGCCUAACCUGGCAGACCUGGCAGUAUUUGGGGUCCUCAGAGUGAUGGAGGGACUGCAGUCCUUUGAUGACAUGAUGGAAAACACCAAGGUGAAAUACUGGUAUCGGCGGAUGGAGAGAGCUGUCCAGCACCAUGAGGGACAAAACUAACAUUGACAUCGCUGGGUUCAGAACACAGCAGAGCCAAUCUAAUGGAACUCCUGACCCGCUCUGAAACAACUUAGUCGGUGUUCGCUGAACCUGCAACAGCCGCAGGGACAUGCAGUUUAGGGACAAAUAUGCUAAAGGAGGAAAUUUUAUUUUUUGUUUUCCACUGGUGGUCAAUUCAGACAGUGGCAGUUGUGAUCUUCCACUUGGCGGGGCUGCUCCUCUGGUUGUUGAGGUUUAGGCAGAGCUUACUGCCCUGUCAGUAAUAUAAUUUGAAAAUGUGUCUCCAUAGAAUACCUUUGAAUUGAUCUUUUGCAAAAAAUAUUUGGGUUGUAACUAUGCAUUAUUUGUAUUGUUCCUGGAUCCCAGCUUUAGGGCUUUCGAGCAACUUCCGAAGCUUGCAUUUUCAGAUAAAUAUACAAAUUUGUGACAUCUGCAAAGGCCAACUGGACAGCAAUGGAUUUUGUUUGGCCUUGUGGUAAGAAGCUUGUAUCUAUGGAAAUUGACUUGAUGCACUAUUUCCUGAAUAUUUAUUGAUACUUUCCAUCACAAGACUUAAGUCCUUGCCCUCUUCGGUGGGGUUACUGUAAAACCAGUUUUUCUCAUUUGAAUGAGUUCUUUCAUAAGUAUUAGAUAUGAAAGAUUUCAUUCUGUAGUUUAAUUGUUAACAUGUUAAUUCUUUGAUAUCCAAGGAUCCAUCCCAUUGAUGUUAUCUGCUGCCUGUGACCACAUAACUCUGGCCAUUUUUCCUGUAAUUAUCGUCAAACGGUUAUUGGCCUCAAGUUGGGGGAAUGCUUUUUCUGCCAUUGCGCAAACAAGUAAAAUAAAUCACUUGUAACUCAUGAUAUACACAUAUGUCAAGAGAAUAUACUACUGUACUACAACCAUGAACAUGAGAGCAACAUGUUUUUGCGUCCACAUUACAUACAGGAUACAGAAGAGACGUGAUGUGAACAGUGUGAAAUUGCCCCCCUUUAUCACUCAGAGUGAUACUAUGGUGAUGCUGAAAUUAAGUGAUCAGGGUCUGUGAAAGUUCCACAAGAUAUGUGAUAACAGGAUGUUUCUGUUGGUCCUUCAUCAAGAUAGCUCUUGCCUUUGUGCAAAUGGUGUUGCAUACCAGUGCAAACAGUUUGAAAUAAUUUAAGGUUAAGGUCUCAUACUGAUAUGAAGAGAUACUGUACUCAAUGAAAUAAAAGAUGGAAAAAUC